GCAGGGGGCCGCAGGGGGCCGGUACGGGAGGGCUCCUCCGCGCCGCUGGUCUUCAACACACUGGCAAGGCUAGAUCUGCACCGAGCCUCUUUCCUUAGCCUGCUUCUACUUGGUCUGGGUUACACUCUUGGUUGCAGGCCCCUGUGCCCCUCGCUGGUGAGAGGGGUCCGAGGACCCCGCUUCCUAUGGUGAAUUAAUCCUCGCUCCUCUCCCCUCCCCCUGGUCUCCAGGCAUUCAGCUGGAUCUGACCCUCGCGGUCCCGCGUGAGUCCCGUCCGGUGUGCGCUGGAGCCCUGAGCCAGAGAGGCCGCUCCUCAUUCCACGUCCAGGAAGUCAAACUGGAGGAAAGAAGGCAAACUCGCGGAGGCGGGGCUCGGUGCCACGGGGCAGCCGAGACUGCCCACGGCCCCCCAACCCCCACCCCGCUUCAGCUCUGGGAUCCGAGUGCCCACCGGCGUCCCUGCACUCUCUUUGCCAGAUGGCAGACCCCCGCCCAGAUCCUGAAUCAGAGCCCGAAUCGGUGUUCCCACGGGAGGUCGGGCUCUUCGCCGACUCUUACUCGGAGAAGAGCCGGUUCUGCUUCUGUGGGCACGAGCUGAGCAUCACAGAGAACUUCGGAUCCCGCCUUGGCGUGGCAGCGCGCGUGUGGGACGCGGCUCUGAGCCUGUGCAACUAUUUCGAGAGUCAAAAUGUGGAUUUCCGAGGCAAGAAAGUGAUCGAACUGGGAGCGGGGACGGGCAUCGUGGGUAUCCUGGCAGCACUGCAGGGGGGGGAUGUUACCAUCACUGACCUGCCCCUGGUCCUAGAACAGAUCCAGGGAAACGUCCAGGCCAAUGUGCCAACUGGAGGCCGGGCCCAGGUCCGAGCCUUGUCCUGGGGGAUUGACCAGCAUGUCUUCCCUGGAGACUAUGACCUGGUGCUGGGGGCGGAUAUCGUGUAUCUGGAGCCCACCUUCCCACUGCUGCUGGGGACCCUCCGACACCUGUGCGGGCCCCAUGGCACCAUCUAUCUGGCUUCCAAGAUGAGAAAGGAGCACGGGACAGAGAGCUUCUUUCAGCACCUCCUGCCCCAGCAUUUCCAACUGGAGCUGGCCCAGCGGGAUGAGGAUGAGAAUGUCAACAUCUAUAGGGCCAGGCACAGGGGACCAAGACCUGCUUGACGUCACACUUCUGCUCCUCUGAACCCCUUGUUCUAAUGAAGAAACUGCCAAAUCUUCAAAGCCAUAAACAUAAGGACCAAAAACAGAUGGAUUUCCCUUGCCUCUGUCUUUCCUCCUUCCCUCUUUGUUUCUUGAGGUACUCUUGGGCAGGUGCAGGAGGUGCUGUUAGGGAUACCGGAGCCCUAGUUGUACUGGGUUAGAGUGCAAAGGAAGUUCCCGGUUCCCAUUCUCAGCAGAGGAAGAUGGAGGGUAUCCAGGACUUUAGGCGAAGGAAAGGUAAGUAGGAUGUGAGAAGAAUGGCUGCAGAGACAGACAUGCUCCCGUCUAGUCCUGCUAUUGUCUUUUUUAUGCAGAAUGGAUUAUUUUUUUAGAUUCUACUAGAGUUUUGUUUUUGUUUUUUUUUUUUUUUUAAAGAGAGAGAAAUGAGCAUUAAAGAUUUCUGCAUCUAAAGGACUCAGACUUUUGCUGGGGUCCUGGGAAGCAAGAAACCUCAGACCACCCACUUCUUGCUUCUAGAGACAGUCUGGUGGUCCCAUGGCUGUAACUGGGUCAAAGUCCUCCCAGCGCUGAAGUUGGGGAUAGGCAGCAGAGGUGUCCUUUGGACUGUAGCUCCUUCACUCUUUGCAGAGUUGGAGCCCUGAUCACCAUGUACUAGGUUCUCUUAUUUUUCUUUAGGUUUCCAAGCCCUGUCUGCCCUUCCUUCCUAAUGUGUUUUGCCUUCACUUCUUUUCUCCUCCCACUGUGGGACCUCUGGUUGGGGCUCUCUUUACUUCACCUUGGGCCACAUAUCACCUCCUCUGGCCUCCUUUCAUUCCCCUUUAAACCAUUUUGUAAACUCUCUUGAGUUUCCAGAAUCAGUUCUGAUUAGCUUCUGCUGCUGCCAAGAGAAGCAAGAAUAAACUCUUCUGCUCUGUACUCAGUCUAUCCCAUAUGAUCCCAAAUUACCCUUCUACUUCAUUUCCUACUGGUUUCCCACAUGUGUUGCAGCCUCCUACAAAAGGUCUAUUCUUUGUGCCCUAAAUCCACACCAAGAUUUUCUGACUUCUUCCUUCACUCUUUUUGAUGAUUCCUUGCCUGGAAGGGCUGUUUCUGCCUGUGAAAAAUCUUCAUUACACUUAACCUCGUUCCUGAAAAAAGCUUUUCCUUAGCUUCCUGUUUGAAUAUGAUUUCUUUCUCCCUUGAGACCCUUUAACUGUUCCUCUUGUGGGGCUUACCUUGUCUUGUAUGAUCAUUUGUCUGUUCCCUAUUUUCUCCCCAUUAGAUUACCUUGGAGGGUAGGGCUGUGGUUCCUGGCACACAAUUGGUGUUCAACAAAUAUUUUUGUUCGGGAGUUCCCAUCGUGGCUCAGCAGAAAUGAAUCUGACUAGUAUUCAUGAGGAUGCAGGUUCGAUCCGUGGCCUCACUCUUGAGUUAAGAAUCCAGCGUUGCUGUGGCUGUGGUAUAGGCUGGCAGCUAUAGCACCCAUUGGACCCCUAGCCUGGGAACCUCCAUAAAAAAAAAUAUGUAAUAUAUAUAUAUGAUUUGUCUGUUCCUUCAACAAUAUUUACUUGGUUUGUUGGAGGGACUCCACCCCUUCCUCUCUAGGUGUCCUUGGCCAAACUUUUGAACCCGCCUAACUACCUCACAAAUUUGUCAUGAAUCAUAAAUGGACAUUGAAUAUGAAAGCGCAUUGGAAAUAAACAUAAAGUCUUACCACGUGUCUUAUAUUGUAUUGUUAUUUUGUGACAACUCUGUCUCAGGCUUUCCAUUAUUUUGCCUGGAUGGCGGCGGUGGCGGUUUGCGGGGAGUGGGGUAGUAGCAAUUUCCUCGUGAAAUGCCAUCUCCAAAAGCCAAGUAAGAGAAACGAAUGCGCCCUCCGGCCAGCAGGUGGCGCCAUCCCCGCUUGGCGCGUUUCUGUGGAGAGUUUUGGCCCCAUCGCCACGCCGUAGGCUCGGGGCCUCACCGGUGCGCUGGCCAGCGGCAGUGCACGGCCCUGAGGAAGAUGUCGCUCCUGUGGUCGCUGCGCCUGUCCCUGGUUGCGCGGGCUGCGAGCUGCCCAGUGAGGGCUCUUGGCCCCAGCCCCGUUCUGCCUUCCUCGCAGGCGGGGCCCCUUCUGCUUCAGUCGCCGCAGCCGGGGCAUACGUUUCACGCAGGGCCAUGCCUGUCCUCCGCCUCCAGCAAGGAGCUCCUCAUGAAGCUGCGGCGGAAGACGGGCUACUCCUUUGUAAACUGCAAGAAAGCUCUGGAGACUUGCGGUGGGGAUCUCAAACAGGCAGAGAGCUGGCUCCACAAGCAGGCCCAGAAGGAGGGCUGGAGUAAAGCUGCCAGGCUCCAUGGGAGGAAGACUAAAGAAGGUCUGAUUGGGCUGCUGCAGGAAGGAAACACAAGUGUGUUGGUAGAGGUAAACUGUGAGACAGAUUUUGUUUCCAGAAACUUAAAAUUUCAACAAUUGGUCCAGCAAGUAGCCCUGGGAACCCUGUUGCACUGUCAGAGCCUAAAGGAUCCACUCUCCACGUAUAGUAAAGGCUUCUUGAAUUCUUCCGAGCUUUCUGAACUUCCAGCGGGCCCUGAGAGAGAAGGGUCUCUCAAAGAUUGGCUGGCCUUAGCAAUUGGGAAACUGGGAGAAAACAUGACUCUUAAACGAGCUGCAUGGGUGAAGGUGCCAGCUGGGUUCUAUGUGGGCUCUUAUGUCCAUGGGACAAUGCAGAGUCCCUCACUCCACAACCUGGUGCUGGGGAAGUAUGGGGCCCUGGUCAUCUGCGAGACGUCUGAGCGGAAAGCAAACCUUGAAGACCUUGGCCGCCGCCUUGGGCAGCACGUGGUGGGCAUGGCUCCUCUCUCUGUUGGCUCCCUGGACGAUGAGCCUGGGGGAGAGGCAGAAACCAGGAUGCUGUCCCAGCCAUACUUGCUGGAUCCCUCCAUCACACUUGGACAGUAUGUGCAGCCCCAAGGGGUAUCUGUAGUAGACUUUGUGCGGUUCGAAUGUGGAGAAGGCGAAGAACUAGCAGAGGCCGAAUAGCUUCCAGAGACUUUUGGCCCAUGGGAAAACAUUUAUUCUUAACCGUGGACAUUAUUACAAAAAGAAGUUAUUUCCUAAGCAUCUUCAAACCCAGAAUUUGUUUUUCAUUUGAGUUCAUAAUGAAAUUAUAUACUUCAUGGGUAGAGUUAUUAAAUAAAAUUAAUAGAGUAGAA